GUGGACUGGCACCCGGUCGAGUAUUUCAGCAAGAAAGUGCCCAUCGUGCACUCCAUUGACGAUGCACGCAAGAAAGAGUUCCUCACCUUCGUCCAUGCGCUCAAGCGGUGGCGGCACUUCCUCCUUGGUCGAAGCCAAUUCCGAUGGGUAACGGACAACAAUCUGUUGGUCUUCUACAAAACCCAAGACACCGUCAAUAGCACCAUCGCCCGAUGAAUGGCUUUCAUCGACCAAUUUGACUUCUUUCCCGAUCACAUUCCGGGGAAGUCAAACCGUUUUGCGGAUGCUCUUUCACGACGUCUGGAUCAUUGUACCGCAGUCUACUCGACCUUCGAGAUCGGCAACGACCUGCGGGACAGCUUCAUCCGCGGCUACCAAGCCGACCCCAAGUUUCGCGACAAGUGUGCGAAUUGCUCCUCUCCUAAUCCGGCACCUUUUCACUACCGGAUCCAAGAGGGGUACUUGCUUGUCCACACACGGAGGAAGGACCUUCUUUGCGUACCGAGUGACUCUCACUUGCGACCACGACUUCUUGGCGAGUUCCACGAUGCUCCCGCCACCAGACACUUUGGAGUCAAUCGCACGAUUGGCCGACUUCGCGAGCGAUUUUGGUGGCCCGGCCUUCUCGGCGACGUCACGCGCUAUUGCGAGUCAUGCGAGGUUUGUCGAUGCUGCAAAUCCCGCAACCAUCGUCCGUACGGCACGUUGCGACCGUUACCGGUCCCCUUGCGGCAAAGGGAAGCGAUUGCCAUGGACAUUACCGGCCCGUUCCCCAAGCACAAGACCGGAGUGGAUGGGAUUCUCACGGUGGUCGACCGACUCACCAAGUUUGCCAUGUUUUUGCCUUGCCGCUAUCAUGCCAAGGCACCGGAGCUGGCCGAGCUCACGGAGUGGCAGAAGAUUGCGGCAGUGCCCAAUCUGGACCUGCCGUUCACUCAUCUCAGACGUGAGUUCUACAACAGAUCCUGCGCUGCAUUGAGCCAGGCUCUUGGUGAUCGCGAGCAGUACUCCACUUUCGCCGAGAUUAUCGACAAGGCGAGAGAGAUCAUCAAGACCAACAGGUCAGCUGCACACGAGAAGUCACCAUGGCAGCCGACCUAUGUGGAGAAGGUACGAACUGGUCCGCGACAGCAGCACUUCGCUGCAGUCCAGCAGGACAGUGGAGAUAACCCAGCAGCCACUCCAGCAUCAAGUGACGGAGAUCAGGUGGCUGUUGUCCAGCCGCGCAGCAACAACAAGUCCCACAACAAUGGGAAGGCGAAAUCCGCAUCGCAGGCCGGAAAUGGACAGCCAGGACAAUUUCCAUGGGUCAAGUUUGGCUUGACCGAGGCGGAGUACAAGAUGCCUGUGAUGGAUGGGUAUUCAGCAACUAGAGCUAUACGGGCGAUGGAGCAAGGUGAUCCAGACAAGACGCAUCAUUUGCCCAUCAUUGCGUUAACGGCGCACACUAUGGCCCAAGACAAACUCAAGUGCCUCGAAGCAGGCAUGGAUGCGUAUCUCAUGAAGCCCAUGAAGCUGGCCCAGCUGGUCGACGUCAUCAAAAACUUCUGCCCUCAUCACAUUGCCGAGCCAUCGUGAUAUCACAGUUGUACGUUCUUCGAGUUCCAUCGUAGGAAUUGUAACUACGGACCGCC